UCCGUGUCAGUGCGCAGUGUGAGUGCGCCGGCCUAUUAGUUCGUAUUAAGUAUGGCUGCAUCUUCCAGUGGGGAGAAGGAGAAGGAGCGGCUCGGAGGCAGCUUGGGGGCCGCGGGUGGUAACAGCACACGAGAGCGGCUGCUGUCUGCUCUUGAAGAUCUGGAGGUCUUGUCGAGGGAACUUAUAGAAAUGCUGGCAAUUUCAAGAAACCAAAAGUUGUUACAAACUGGAGAGGAAAACCAGGUCCUGGAAUUGUUAAUUCACCGUGAUGGGGAAUUUCAAGAACUUAUGAAACUGGCACUUAAUCAGGGCAAAAUUCAUCAUGAAAUGCAAGUUUUAGAAAAAGAAGUAGAGAAAAGAGACAAUGAUAUUCAGCAACUACAAAAACAACUGAAGGAAGCAGAGCAAAUACUGGCAACAGCUGUUUACCAAGCAAAAGAGAAAUUAAAGUCAAUAGAAAAAGCAAGAAAAGGUGCUAUUUCCUCUGAAGAAAUAAUUAAGUAUGCACAUAGGAUUAGUGCAAGUAAUGCUGUGUGUGCGCCACUGACCUGGGUUCCAGGGGACCCGCGGAGACCAUACCCAACUGAUUUAGAGAUGAGAAGUGGAUUAUUGGGUCAAAUGAACAAUCCUUCCACUAAUGGUGUGAAUGGUCAUUUACCAGGGGACGCACUUGCAGCAGGCAGACUACCAGAUGUCCUUGCCCCCCAGUAUCCGUGGCAGUCAAAUGAUAUGUCCAUGAAUAUGUUACCACCAAAUCACAGUAAUGACUUUUUGUUGGAACCUCCUGGGCAUAAUAAAGAAAAUGAAGAUGAUGUAGAGGUUAUGUCAACCGACUCUUCAAGUAGUAGCAGUGACUCUGAUUAAAAAGGCAUGGAAGACAUGAUAC